AUGCUCAAGCUGUGGAAGGUGGUACGCCCAGCUCGGCAGCUGGAACUGCACCGCCUCAUACUGCUGCUGAUUGCUUUCAGUCUGGGCUCCAUGGGCUUCUUGGCUUACUACGUAUCCACCAGCCCCAAGGCCAAGGAACCAAUGCCCCUCCCCUUGGGAGACUGCAGCAGCGGCGCGGCAGGUGCUCCUGGCCCUGUACGGCCUCCAGUUCCACCCCGGCCACCCAGGCCUCCAGAGACAGCGAGAACUGAACCCGUGGUCCUCGUGUUUGUGGAGAGUGCAUACUCGCAGCUAGGGCAGGAGAUUGUGGCCAUCUUGGAGUCUAGCCGUUUUCGUUAUAGCACUGAGCUGGCACCUGGCCGAGGGGACAUGCCCACACUGACUGAUCAUACCCGUGGCCGGUAUGUCUUGGUCAUUUAUGAGAACCUGCUCAAGUAUGUCAACCUGGAUGCCUGGAGUCGGGAACUACUAGACCGGUACUGUGUGGAGUAUGGUGUGGGCAUCAUUGGCUUUUUCCGAGCCCAUGAGCAUAGCCUACUGAGUGCCCAGCUCAAGGGCUUUCCGCUUUUUCUACAUUCAAACUUGGGGCUUCGGGACUACCAAGUGAAUCCUACAGCUCCACUCCUGCAUCUCACACGUCCCAGCCGCCUGGAGCCUGGGCCACUACCCGGUGAUGACUGGACCAUCUUCCAAUCCAACCACAGUACCUAUGAACCAGUGCUUCUCGCCAGCCUUCGGCUGGCUGAGCCCCCUGUGCCAGGACCAGUGCCUCGCCGGGCCCGGCUUCCCACUGUGGUGCAGGACCUGGGGCUUCACGACGGCAUCCAGAGGGUGCUCUUUGGUCAUGGCCUCUCCUUCUGGCUCCACAAACUAGUUUUCGUUGAUGCCGUUGCAUACCUCACUGGCAAGCGCCUCUGCUUGGACCUUGACCGUUACAUCUUGGUAGACAUCGAUGACAUCUUUGUGGGCAAGGAAGGUACCCGCAUGAAGGUGGCUGAUGUUGAGGCCCUGUUGACCACCCAGAACAAACUCAGGACCUUAGUCCCCAACUUCACCUUCAACUUGGGCUUCUCGGGCAAGUUCUAUCAUACUGGGACAGAGGAGGAGGAUGCUGGGGACGACAUGCUGCUGAAGCACCGCCAAGAGUUCUGGUGGUUCCCCCACAUGUGGAGCCACAUGCAGCCACAUCUGUUCCACAAUCGCUCUGUGCUGGCUGACCAGAUGAGGCUCAACAAACAGUUUGCUCUGGAGCAUGGGAUUCCCACGGAUCUGGGGUAUGCUGUGGCCCCCCACCACUCCGGCGUGUACCCCAUCCACACACAGCUCUAUGAAGCCUGGAAAUCUGUGUGGGGCAUCCAGGUGACCAGCACUGAGGAGUAUCCCCAUCUCCGCCCUGCCCGCUACCGCCGUGGCUUCAUUCACAAUGGCAUUAUGGUGCUGCCGCGGCAGACAUGUGGCCUCUUUACUCACACAAUCUUCUAUAAUGAGUAUCCCGGAGGCUCUCGUGAACUCGACCGGAGCAUCCGAGGUGGAGAACUCUUUCUGACAGUGCUGCUUAAUCCGAUCAGCAUCUUUAUGACCCAUCUGUCUAAUUAUGGAAAUGAUCGGCUGGGCCUGUACACCUUUGAGAGCCUGGUGCGCUUUCUCCAGUGCUGGACGAGGCUGCGCCUACAGACCCUUCCUCCUGUCCCUCUUGCACGAAAGUACUUUGACCUCUUCCCUCAAGAGCGAAGCCCCCUUUGGCAGAAUCCCUGUGACGACAAGAGGCACAAAGAUAUCUGGUCCAAGGAGAAAACCUGUGAUCGGCUCCCCAAGUUCCUCAUUGUGGGACCCCAGAAGACAGGGACCACAGCUAUUCACUUCUUCCUGAGCCUGCAUCCAGCUGUGACUAGCAGUUUCCCUAGCCCCAGCACCUUUGAGGAGAUUCAGUUCUUCAAUGGCCCUAAUUACCACAAGGGCAUUGACUGGUACAUGGAUUUCUUCCCUGUCCCUUCCAAUGCCAGCACUGAUUUCCUAUUUGAAAAAAGUGCCACAUACUUUGACUCAGAGGUUGUACCACGGCGGGGAGCUGCCCUCCUGCCACGAGCCAAGAUCAUCACUGUGCUCACCAACCCUGCUGACAGGGCGUACUCCUGGUACCAGCAUCAGCGAGCACAUGGAGACCCAGUUGCUCUGAACUAUACCUUCUACCAGGUGAUUUCAGCCUCCUCCCAGGCCCCUCCAGCACUUCGUUCCCUACAAAACCGUUGUCUUGUCCCCGGCUACUAUUCCACUCAUCUACAACGCUGGCUGACUUACUACCCCUCUGGACAGUUGCUGAUUGUGGAUGGGCAAGAGCUGCGUACCAACCCAGCUGCCUCAAUGGAGAGCAUCCAGAAGUUCCUGGGUAUCACACCCUUUCUGAACUACACACGGACCCUCAGGUUUGAUGAAGAUAAGGGAUUCUGGUGCCAGGGACUUGAAGGUGGCAAGACUCGUUGUCUAGGCAAGAGCAAAGGCCGGAAGUACCCAGAUAUGGACACUGAGUCCCGCCUUUUCCUUAAGGAUUUUUUCCGGAACCACAAUUUGGAGCUGUCGAAGCUGCUGAGCCGGCUUGGACAGCCAGUGCCCUCAUGGCUUCGAGAAGAACUGCAGCAUUCCAGUUCGGGCUGA